AUGUGGAAAGAUGGACCAGUAGAUAUAUACAAUCAAGUCAGUAGCUCAGUAGAUAUAUACAAUCAAGUCAGUAGCUCAGUAGAUAUAUACAAUCAAUUCAGUAGCUCAGUAGAUAUAUACAAUCAAGUCAGUAGCCCAGUAGAUAUAUACAAUCAAGUCAGUAGCUCAGUAGAUAUAUACAAUCAAGUCAGUAGCUCAGUAGAUAUAUACAAUCAAGUCAGUAGCUCAGUAGAUAUAUACAAUCAAUUCAGUAGCUCAGUAGAUAUAUACAAUCAAGUCAGUAGCUCAGUAGAUAUAUACAAUCAAGUCAGUAGCUCAGUAGAUAUAUACAAUCAAGUCAGUAGCUCAGUAGAUAUAUACAAUCAAGUCAGUAGCUCAGUAGAUAUAUACAAUCAAGUCAGUAGCUCAGUAGAUAUAUACAAUCAAGUCAGUAGCUCAGUAGAUAUAUACAAUCAAGUCGGUAGCUCAGUAGAUAUAUACAAUCAAGUCAGUAGCUCAGUAGAUAUAUACAAUCAAGUCAGUAGCUCAGUAGAUAUAUACAAUCAAGUCGGUAGCUCAGUAGAUAUAUACAAUCAAGUCAGUAGCUCAGUAGAUAUAUACAAUCAAGUCAGUAGCCCAGUAGAUAUAUACAAUCAAGUCGGUAGCUCAGUAGAUAUAUACAAUCAAGUCAGUAGCUCAGUAGAUAUAUACAAUCAAGUCAGUAGCUCAGUAGAUAUAUACAAUCAAGUCAGUAGCCCAGUAGAUAUGUACAAUCAAGUCAGUAGCUCAGUAGAUAUAUACAAUCAAGUCAGUAGCCCAGUAGAUAUAUACAAUCAAGUCGGUAGCUCAGUAGAUAUAUACAAUCAAGUCGGUAGCUCAGUAGAUAUAUACAAUCAAGUCAGUAGCUCAGUAGAUAUGUAA